UUCUGCUCCUCAACUGAACCUUCCACUCCUGACACCAUGUGCUACUAUGGCAACUAUUACGGCAGCCUGGGCUACGGCUAUGGUGGCCUGGGUUGUGGCUAUGGCUAUGGCUGUGGUGGCUAUGGUUAUGCCUGCUACCGUCCAUGCUGCUUUGGAAGAUACUGGUAUUCUGGCUUCUACUGAUCUAUUCUAGUUUGCUGAUCCCUUGGGUAGUUCCUGUUGUCAUUUAUAUAAGGAUUCUUUAUUAUGUUAGUAUUAUUUUCUAUCUUAACACUAAUAUCUAAAUCUAGGCCAGUUAUGAUAAAAGAAUCACCAACUCAUUAACUAUCUAGAAUAUCCAACGCUUUUGUGGGGUAAAAAAUAUCCAUUCAUUUUUUUAUGUUUGCACAAAUCCAAUCUUGGGAAAAUUCUGAUUUUAUGUAUCAUUUGUUAUUUUUUCAUUAAAUAUAAGUUAAUUUGCAAGUGUA